AUGCAACAAGAUGAAUUAGUAAAAUCAGUUUCAUUUUGUUCUGAUGAAAUAUCUGAUUUUGAAAAAUCUCUGGAUGAUGUUGAAGUCCUAAUGAGAAAAUUUGAAGAAUUAAAGCGUGAUAACGAUAACAUGAAAAAAGAAAUGUCUAACCUCAAUUCGAGAGUCAAUGAACUAGAGCAGCACUCUGAAUCGAAGAACAUUGUGAUACAAGGAGUUCCUGAAAAUAACAAUGAAAACCUUAUUUCUAUCUUCGAACAAAUAUCGAACUUUCUCGGAGUCGAGGUGAAGGACAACGUCGAAUUCGCUAAUCGAGUACAGUCAAUGAAACCUGUUCCUGGAAAGCCAAAAAACAUUGUAGUUGGGUUUGCAUCAAAAAUCUUGGGAGAUCAAGUUAUAGCUCUAGCUAAACAGAAACGGAAAAAUAGCUCUAAUCCCAAAAAUGGAAUCAAAAUAAACGAAAUAAUCGAAUCUGUUUAUAUAAAUGAGCACCUGACCUCGAAUAAUCAGUCUCUUCUGAGAGAAGCAAAAGAGGCAGCCAGAACGAAAAAUUUCAAGUUUGUUUGGGUGAAAAACGGGAACAUUUUCAUGAGGGAGGACGAGAGAUCUCGUGUCAAAUUUGCUCCAGCUAAUAGAUCAAAAUUGUUUAGAGCUAGGAACACCAUUCUACUGAAAGGAGAAACAACUCACAAAAGUGAUUUGGGUGUCUUCAAACCGUUCCUAAACAAAGGUAGAAGUUUCCAUUUCAAACCUUAUCUGCUUACACUGCAAGUUCCGGUGAAGAAGGAGAAACUGCAAGAUGUCAAUAAACUCCUCAAACAUCAUUUCGGAGAGAAUUGGAUAGAGCUUAGUGAAUUGGAUUUUUAUAAGAACCCACUUUCUAGACCAGUCGCAGACCAGGUUCAAAAAGAAACGGGAGAAGGCUACUGCUUCGACUCAUCAUUAGGAGAAACAACUUGGGACAAAUACGAACCACCAUCUUGCGAAAACCACCUGAGCCAACGAUACAAAAGUAUCGGGGAGAAGAUCACCAAUAAACAGACGAAAGAAGAAGUAGUCAUCGUCGAUCAAGGAUCCAAGUUAUUUGCACUGACUCUGCAGAAAAGAGCACACAAGUGUGGAAUGAGAACAUGA